AUGUAUAAGGAUGCUGGUACUAAAGUACGUGUAGCCCCGGUAACCACUAAUAAGUUAACGUCCACACCCAUCACCUGCGCUUUCGCCAAGGCCAAGGAGUGGACAGUCCCUUCACUGUCUUGUCCUCCUUAUAAGCUGCUGGUCCUACUACAUCCACUACAGGUUUUCAUCACAGGUCAGCAACGUCUGAAGCUGAUGUUCUGUUGUUGUUUUAUUGUUAUCGGUACUUAUCAAGGAAAAUCGUUAUGUCUUUAUUUAGGCGGGCCAUUUCAAGUGGUUGCAAGUCUAACAGUUAACUAUGGUGACACAUUGGAAACUGUUGAUGGGAAUUACUUGCCAGUUAUUGCAUCUGACAUCGUGACAAUUAACAUUUACGACAGGAAUGACACUAAAAUAAGUAUCAACUGUAAGGUCAACUUCCCAGUUAUUAAGGAUGUAACUACAGAAAAUAAUCCGAACGUAAAUCUCAUCCCAGCAUGCCACUACAAACACGAUAUAAAUGACUUAGCUUUGUGGAAAACGGAUGGUUGCGUGACAAACUAUAACGACUAUAUGAUUAGCGGAGUGACGUGUACAUGCACUCAUAUGACGUCAUUUGUGAUUCUGAUGAAACCCGAGCAGAUCGCAUGCAGUAUUCUUGCUGGGUGCUUGCACUACAGUAUGUUGGCAACUUUUUCGUGGAUGUUGAUAAUGUCGACAGAUAUAUACAUGAAGAUCAAACAUCCGUUUGCUGAUCAUGAGAGGCGCUUCUCGUACAGUCGAUACAUUGGUUGGAUUGGACCUGCCACUAUAGUGGGAACGACAGUUUGUUUAACAAGACAAAACUAUGCAUCUGAAAAAUGCUGGUUGGAGAGUGGAUCGGGUGCCAUAUGGGCGUUCGUUUCUCCUGUGUGCCUCACUCUUCUGAUUGUCCUCGUACAGUUAGUGGUUAUUGGCUAUAUAGCUUUCAAGAAAUCUCAACUACCGAACCAAACUGGACAAGAAAUGGAAAAUCUGAAACGAAUCAGAACUCUUUUUAGUGGUAUACUGCUCCUUACUCCAACCGUUGGAAUUUCGUGGAUUUUCGGUGUCGUCGUUGUCUUUUGUGAGUGGGAAGUGUUGAAAUACAUGCACGUUAUUUUCAACUCCAUGCAAGGAUUCUUUAUCUGGCUGUCGCAGUGCGCUUUCAGUAAAGAGGUGCGAGAGGCACUGCUUAAGAAGUUCAGCAAUCAAAUAAGUCAAGGAAGUACCACAAUGGAGCUCCGCAACAGCUCGAUGCAGUCAGGAUUUUGAAUAUCACCAAAGAUCUUAUAAGAAGAACCGCGAUUUGCGUUUAACAAAAAAACAAUAAAAAGUAUUUGUAAUUGAAUGAGGGCGUCCUAGUUGUUACUCUGGCGGUUUUUCCAAAAUGUACACUGAGACCAUAGAUGUCAAAGUUCAAAAGUAACUGUAAUUGCAAGACCGGGCGUCCUACACUGCGUUAUUACAGAAUUUGCACGCAGAAUUCGCGGAGAACGUAAUCUUGUCAUUAUAAGAUCUUUGAUAUCACAUAAUGAUGGAUCUCUAGGGAGCCCCUAAAGGGACAUGGUUAAAGAAAAUAUUAAACCAUUUCGAGGGAACGAAAUAAUAUUUCGAGGGAACAAAAUAAUAUUUCGAAGGAACGA